AUGGGCAGCCUCUCUCAACUCUCGCGUAACCGAGACAUCGGGACAAACCCGCGCCAGGAAGUUCUCGUAAUUCAUAAUCUCAUCAUUGACAGCAUUAAAGAUCUGAACCCAAAGGCCAUCCCGAGAUCGGGAGCCCAGCCAUGCGGCGCACAUUUCUCGGGAUCUUCAACGUAUGAUCGGAAGUUGGAACAUGGCCUGUCUAUGCUCUUCCGGGGCCACAAUGCGGCCAAUGCGCAGGAUAUAGAUGUCGCUUCCAUACCGGCGCGCGAACCCACGCGCAAUGUUCUCACCGCACACCUUCGGGGGGUCUACACGCAAGGUGUACACUUGCUCCUCCAGCUCGACGGAAAGAGGAACGGUGUCGAGGUUCCGGAUAUAAUAGCCUUGUUCAAGGGUUGGUCUGAUGAUGCGGGCAUAGACUACCAAGACACCUCUAUAUGA